GCAACCACGGCAGCUUUCGCUUUCUUUUUCUGGAAACACUUCUCGCUACUGAGCAGCCUGGCGCAGUUCGCUGCCUGGGGUUCCCCGAGACUCCGGUUGCAGCCUGCCCCUCCUGCUUUUACUUGCCCCUAGCCCUGGCCCAUCCCAAGAGCCUGCUCGGGACACCGACACCAGCACCGCCUGAGCCCAGACCAUUAACUAAAGGGCAGAGAGCCUCAGAACAAACAGGAUCAGUAACCCUGACAGUGCCCCGCGCAUGGCUGGCUCUAGGUCUCCUGGGUCGCUCCUAUGUCCCCGAGCCCCUUCUGGGGGGCUGCAGGCGCUGCUGCUCUUGCUGCUCAUGGACUGGGCGCUGUUCCGACCCGCGCUUCCUCAGCUCCUGCUCGUGCUCCUGCCCACUGGGCACCCUCUGCUCCGAGUCUGGGGGGCCGGUCUGGGCCGUUGGGGCGUGUUGUGGCUGGGGGUGCGUUGGGUCACCAGCCAGGAAGGGGCUGGCGCUAAAAGUUGGAGGUCUGAGCUGGGGCUCCUGGCGGCCGCGCUGGGGCUGGCGCUUCCCGGGCUCGCCUCGUUCAGGGUUCUGGGAGGGAGGGAGGCUGCCGGGGGUGGAGGCGGGCCCGGACCUCUCCACUGGGGGAGCCGGCUGGACGCUUUCGCUCUCAGCUAUGCCGCAGCACUGCCGGCCUUAGUCCUGUGGCAGAAGCUUGGAAAACUUUGGGAGCCGACGGGUCCCAUUGUCUCGGGGUCUAUCAUGCGCCGGCUGCUGAGUUUCCUGGGCCCAGAAGUGCGUAGCUUCCCAUUAGUGAUGUUCUUCCUCCUGUUGUCCUGUCUAGGAGAGAUGGCUAUCCCAUUCUUCACUGGUCGACUCACAGACUGGAUGGUACAGGAUAAAUCAGCUGCCAUCUUCACCCACAACAUAGCUUUCAUGUCGAUACUCACACUAACCAGUGCUUUGUUAGAGUUCUUAGGUGAUGGAAUUUAUAAUUACAUAAUGGGCCUAGCCCACAGCAACCUUCAGAGACAAGUGUUCCGGGCUGUGUUGUCCCAGGAGACUGAUUUUUUUCAACAGAACCAAACAGGUGUCAUCACCUCUCGGGUGUCAGAGGACACAGCCAUGCUGAGUGAGUCCCUGAGUGAGAAGCUGAGCCUGCUCUUAUGGUACUUGUUUCGAGGACUGUGUCUGUUGGGACUUAUGCUCUGGGGGUCCCUGACCCUCACCCUGGUCACACUUAUUGCUUUGCCUGUGCUCUUCUUCCUGCCCAAGGUGCUGGGUAAAUGGCAACAGUCCCUGGUAGUCCAAGUGCGGACAUCCCUGGCAGAAUCAAGCCAGGUGGCUAUGGAGGCCUUGUCUGCUAUGCCCACAGUCAGAAGCUUUGCCAAUGAGGAAGGAGAGGCCCAGAAGUUUGCCUGUCAGCUCCAGAAGACACAGAAACUUAACCAAAAGUUGGCAUUGGCUUAUACUUUCAACAUAUGGACCACCAAUGUGUACCUUCUGAUCUACCCCCAGCUCUUAGGACUGGUGCUGAAGGUGGGAAUUCUGUACAUGGGGGGAAAGCUGGUGACCCAAGGGGAUGUGAGUAGAGGAGACCUUGUCACCUUUGUCCUUUACCAGAUCCAGCUUACCACUGCAGUUGAGGUAUUGCUCUCUACCAUUCCCAGUAUACAGAAGGCUGUGGGAUGCUCAGAGAAGAUCUUUGAGUACUUAGACCGGAUACCCCAAUGCCCUUCCAGUGGUCCCCUGGCACCUCCUACCCUGCAUGGCCUUGUAGAGUUCCAAGAUGUUUUCUUUGCUUACCCCAGCCGGCCAGAUGUCUUGGUCCUGCAGGGAGUGACAUUCACUCUGUUCCCUGGGCAGGUGACAGCCCUUGUGGGGCCCAAUGGGGCUGGGAAGAGCUCAGUGGCUGCACUGCUGCAGAAUCUGUAUCAGCCCACAAGGGGGCAGCUAUUGCUGGAUGGGGAGUCACUGCCCCAGUACCAACACCGAUACUUGCACUCACAGGUGGCUGCAGUGUCCCAAGAGCCACAGCUGUUUGGACGGAGUCUCUAUGAAAACAUAGCUUAUGGGCUGGACUGGAAGCCAGAGCUGGAGGAGAUCAUGGAGGCUGCCAGGGAGGCUGGAGCUCACAGUUUCAUCUCCCAGUUGCCCCAGGGCUACUACACAGAGAUAGGAGAGUCAGGGAGCCAGCUGUCAGGUGGUCAGAGGCAGGCAGUGGCCCUGGCCCGGGCUCUGAUCCGGAACCCCCGGGUCCUCAUCUUAGAUGAUGCCACCAGUGCCCUGGAUACAGACAACCAGUUAUGGGUGGAGCAGCUGCUCUAUGAGGCCCCCAGGAGGGCCUCUCAGGCAGUGCUACUCAUCACCCAGCGCCUCAGCUCUGUGGAAAGGGCUGACCACAUACUCUUCCUGGAGGAGGGGCUCAUUCAGGAAAGUGGCACCCACAGGCAGCUCAUGGAGCAAAGGGGCCGAUACUGGACCAUGGUGGAGGCCAUGGGUGGGAACGGAGCUCCUCAGACAUGAGGGACAUACUUGAAUCUCCAUUGUGGGGGAAGCCACAGCUCUUCUCCUGAAAAUGGAGGGACAGAGGAAGAAAUUCAGCCUCUUUUUGCCACAUGAUGUGAUUUACCAGUUCCACAUAGGUUUUCCACUCCAAAUUUAUAUUCCUACUAAUUGUAUUCCCAUCAUCAACAUUAAUUCCUUUGGUUUAAAGUUUUCUUCUUCAGGCCCCUCUUUUAAAUUGCACAUACUGGUAGAGGGGAAGGCAAUGGGAAUACCUUAGUGGGAAAUCAUUCAUUCUUUCAACAAGCAUUCAUUAAACACCAACUGUGUUCCAGCACUUUUCUAAGCACUGCAGUUAUAAAGACAGAAACUAAACAGCCCUUGUCCCUAAGGAGAUUGUCUUUUAUUACAGCCUAGCUCUAGAGUUUUAAUUUUUAUUUUUUUAAACAUAAUAAACAUUUUUAUUUAUAGUUUUGAGUUCCAAUUUUUAUCUCUCCUGCCCUACCUCCCCUCCCCCAUCCCUGAGGCAGUAAGUAAUCAGAUAUGGGUUAUCCAAGUGUGAUUAUGUAAAAGACUACCAUAGGGUUUUUAAAGGAUGGAUAAAAACGGUACUUAUAAUCACAUUCUUAGAUACAAAGGCCUGUGGAUUCAAGGGGCACUGAAAGUGAGGGGGAAAGUUACCAGAGAGGUUGUCUCCAUAUACAAAGUGGUGAUGGGGUAUUUGAGGAUCAAUUCUCUAUUCAGUUGACAUAGAAGUAUUCUGGAAGUACAUGGUGUUGAGAAUAA